AUGUUUUCUACUAAUCCUAAUUACACUAAGCUGAAAACCCACUUGAGACUAUCUAUAAAUCGGCUCAAGUUACUGGAAAAGAAAAAAACUGAACUAGCACAGAAAGCAAGGAAGGAAAUUGCUGAAUAUAUCGCUGCUGGCAAAAGUGAGAGAGCGAAAAUAAGGGUGGAAUAUAUUAUCAGGGAGGAUUACAUGGUAGAAGCAAUGGAAAUAGUGGAAAUGUACUGUGAUCUGGUGUUAGCAAGGUUUGGGUUGGUCACACAAAUGAAGGAGUUGGAUGAAGGCCUAGCUGAAGCCAUAUCUACCCUUAUAUGGGUUGCACCCAGAAUGCACACAGAUGUACAAGAGCUGAAAGUUAUAUCAGACUUGUUAACAGCCAAGUAUGGCAAGAUUUAUGCGGAUGCUUGCAGAAAUGAAGAUGUGAACACUAUAAGUGACAAGUUGAAGCACAAAAUGUCAGUACACAGCCCACCUAAGAUACUCAUUGAAAAGUACUUGAUAGAGAUUGCAAAGAAUUAUAAUGUUGAAUAUACACCUGAUGAACAAGUCAUGAGAGAGGCAGAAGCGGUUGGUCAGGAUGCAUUGUUGAUCGACAUCAAUGGUCCCCCAAUGCCACCAGGCUUUAUUGGUUACCCGCAGGCACCACAGAUGCCUAACAUGCCUAACAUGCCUACACCCAAUGCUCAACCAUUCAGCUAUGCCAAUUCACCAUCUGGUGGUAAAGUAGGAGGCUUUGUGGCUACCCCACCUUCGAAUUUCAGUGGACCGAGUCAACAGCCAAUGGGAUACCAUCUACCUCCUGGAGUCGAUUCUAAAAAUUUGAGUGAUAGCUUCUUACAGGAGGAAAUGAGCAAUCUGCCCCCCGCUUAUGACAGCAUCCACCAUGAUUUGCCGCACUUACCGACGCCGCAGCCUCGCUCCCGAGUUCCACCACCACCAACGAACCACUUCCCGGAGCUCCCGGAGUUACCGACAGUACCUUCGGACUUACUCCUACCGUCAGUGCCUCACAGCCACAACUCAAACACAUCUAAUGACACGCCAUCAGCGCCUGGCGCAUCCGAUGAAAUCGACUUUGAUGAUCUUAACCGCAGGUUCGAAGAGUUGAAGAAAAAGAAGUAA